AUGGAGGACAUGGGAUACCACAUAUCAAAAAUGUAUCCGCGGUCGUCAUUACGGAGCAUAUGUGGGCAGUGGGAGGGUGGACUGCUCCGAUGCGACGCCGAGCGAUCAGAUUUUCGUCUGUUCCAGCGCCUUCUGGGAGUUCUUGUGGAACGCCCUAAGGCAUUCGCGAAGUUGGAGGUCCUCGGGCUGGAAGAGAAUCGACCACGUUGGGACCUUUCAGGAGCUCCAGUCUUUUAUUCCAAUCCGAUAUCGGAGAUUCAGGUAGGAUUCUUCGAGGACGUGGAGACCCUGAAAGUAAUAUCCUCUUCGAAAUACAACCCAGGACCGACUCAAUUCAACGGUCCAUUCGAGCUUAACGUCUCGCUCUCCUUGAAGAUGCUGGAGACUCUAACCAUCCUCUCCCUUUUCGUCCUCCUCUAUUCCGUUCCAGGGACGAGCGGGCAAAAUCUUUGUCCCGAUACUAUUGAUAUCUUCCCCUGCACUUGUUCCCAUGCUGGAACCGAUCCCAGUGUGAAUGUGGACUGUUCGGAGGCGAACUCGAGUGAAAGCAUCCACUCUGCCUUCAAUGACGUUGCCUGGCCCUUCCAAAACCUCACACAGUUUACUCUGGCAGAGAAUUGGAGAAUCCAAGCGUUACCCGGAGGAGUUUUCGGUGAUGUCAGUUUCGAGGAAAUCUUCGUCGUCGUGACCUCCGUGGCCACCAUCCACCCCAUGGCCUUGUUACCCUCGAAAGAUCGCCUUAGGGGGUUGAAUAUCAAUUUAGGCACCCUGGAAGAAUUCCCUUGGGAGAUCCUCCCGCAACUUGUCAACCUCAAAAAUCUCCAACUGCGGUUGAAUGCAUUGACCAGUUUGCCGCUACUUCAAAGUGCAAGUCUCGAAUACUUCACCAUCAGUGACAAUGAAAUAUCUCACGUCGAGGCUGGAUGGUCUCUCCCAAACCUCAGAGUUCUCAGCUUGAAAUUGAGAGUACGCCCAUCUGCCCCAAACUCCACCAGGAAAAACGUCAUUCCUCCCCCAAUCACAUCGAAGCAUCCCGAUCGUACCCUAUCCCUACGCAUCCUCAAAGGCAGCCCGAGAACGAGCGCCGUCCAUUGUCAUCCGCCUCCCGAGAGGCAUCACAAUGCAGAGAGAACGGCUGCGGUCCCAGAGCGACUCGACCUCCGGCCAUGGGGUCGGAGGACUCUCCCCUCUGCUUUCUCAAUUGGUCGAAAGAAUGACCUAGAUGUGGAGGCUCUGACCUUCCUCUCCCUUUUCGUCUUCCUCUAUUCCGUUCGUGGGACGAGCGGGAAAAAUCUUUGUCCCGAUCCUACUGCUAUCCUCCCCUGCACUUGUUCCCAUGCUGAAUCCGAUCGCAGUGUGAACGUGGACUGUUCGAAGGCGACCUCGAGUGACGACAUCCACUAUGCCUUCAAUGACAUUACCUGA